AUGACUACCAUCAGAUGUUUACUAGCAGUGGCCACCAAGAAAGAUUGGCCUAUUUAUCAACUAGAUGUCAGCAAUGCUUUCCUACAUGGGGACCUACAAGAAGAGGUCUAUAUGAGGUUUCCAGCCGGUCUUUCUCCUCCUAGUCCUAACCAUGUGUGCCUUCUUCAAAAAUCUUUUUAUGGACUUAAACAAGCUUCCCGGCAAUGGUAUGCUCGGCUUGCUGGUGCUUUGAGUUUCAAAGGUUAUUCCUCCUCCUUGAAUGACUAUUCCUUAUUUUUUAAACGACAAGGGAAUUUGACAUCUAUUGUUGCAGUCUAUGUGGACGACAUUCUCAUUAGUGGGAAUGAUUCAGUUGAAAUUGCUGGGCUCAAGUCAUUUUUACAUACAGAAUUCAAGGUGAAAGACUUAGGAAAUCUCCAUUAUUUUCUAGGCAAGGAAAUAUUGCGCGAAAAAGAAGGAACAAUUGUAUGUCAAAGGAAAUUCACCUUAGAUCUGCUCCAAGAAUUUGAGAUUGCAGCAACUUCCCAUGUAUCUUCUCCAUUGGAACCUUCUUCCAAACUUCACUCUAAUACAGAACCUCUUCUUCCCAAUCCCACUGUGUAUCGACAUCUUGUGGGUAAAUUGAAUUACCUCACCCACACACGGCCUGAUUUGUCAUUUGCUGUUCUCAAGCUCAGUCAAUUUAUGCAAAGUCCUCGCCUUUCCCACUUCAACGCGGCUCUCCGAGUAUUGCGUUACCUCAAUCUCAAUCCAAGCCAGGGCAUUAUUUUGAACUCUCAACCUUCUCUUGAUCUACUUGCUUUUUGUGAUGCAGACUGGGGGUCUUGUCCUGAAACUAGGCGAUCUGCCAGUGGUUUCUUCAUUUCUCUUGGUGGAUCUCCCAUUUCUUGGAAGUCUAAGAAGCAAGACUCCAUCAGUCUCUCCUCUGCAGAGGCUGAGUACCGUUCAAUGUGCCGAGUUGUGGCAGAACUCACUUGGCUCACUCGUCUACUUGAAGAUCCCUCCAUCUCUUCUUCCUUGCCAGUGCCCGUUUACUCCGAUAGUAAAGCUGCCAUCAAUAUUGCUCGAAACCCUGUCUUUCAUGAACGUACCAAGCAUGUUGAACUCGACUGCCACUUUGUCCGGCAGCAGUUCCUCUCCAGUCUCAUUUCCCUUUCCUUGGUUCCAUCCUCCUCUCAAUUAGCCGAUCUGUUCACCAACAGGGGUGGCAAUUGGGGCAGGGCGGGGCGGGGCAAGCCUUGA